AUGGGUUAUGUCAUCCCUAGAGAUCCCAAGAUUUUCUUGCUAGGUCUACUACCUGGCUCCGACUACUCUCCCCCUCCCUCCCUCCCUCGCCCUCCUCCCCCUGGCCUGACGAACGAGCACAGUGGCGGAGGCAGCCAUGGCGACCACGGUGGAGGAGGGGGCGGGGUCAACCACGGGGUUGGCGUGGUGGGCCUGGCCCCGGAGCACAUCCCCACACCGGGGGCGGCACUGAGCUGGCAGGCGGCCAUCGACGCUGCGCGGCAGGCGAAGAUGAUGGGCAGCGCCGCGACGAGCGGAGGGGCGGGGCUGGGGUCAGGAGGGGGCGGGCCCAUUUCCACGGCCAGCUCCACGCAAAGGAAGAGACAACACUAUAGCUCUAAGCCCAAGAAACAGACAACGACGACAGCCACAAGGCCCCCACGAGCCCUACUCUGUCUCACACUCAAGAACCCCAUCCGCAGGGCCUGCAUCAGCAUUGUAGAGUGGAAACCAUUUGAGAUCAUCAUCCUGAUGACCAUUUUUGCCAACUGUGUGGCCUUAGCCGUCUACAUCCCCUUCCCAGAGGAUGACUCGAACGCCACCAACUCCAACCUG